AUGUAUUAAUUAUUCAAUACCAUCAAGCUUAGCCUAUUGCCAGUUUAAGAUACUUCAAUACUUUUUUAAAAACCUAUUUAAAUAUCGCCACCUUCGACUCCAGAAGAAAUCUACAGGAUAUAACCUAAGUCUAUUCGCAGCACUCUUCACAACAAGAAUACUAAUGUGUCAUCAAGCAACUCAAACUCAUAAAGGAUUCCUCAUUAAAAGAUAAGUUUUCAUUUACCAAAAUUUCCAAAAAGUGUUUCUCCAUCAAAUUUAUAAUAAUACAGAUUUCCUUUCAGAUAAAAGGGAUAUACCUAAAAUAAUAUUGAAAGUCCUACUUCAAUACGUGAACCUAAUAGAAGAGCUACUAAAUUAUGCUCAAAGGUUUUGUAAAAGUAUAAACAAAAGUAUUGUAUAUGA